AUGAUGACAGCUGAGACUUUGCUUCCCACAGUAACAGAUGUUGGAUCAGUAAAUAACACUGCUGAUGUACAAUUCUGGAAUAUGAAUCUCUCAUUUUUUGAUAGCUCGGGUAAUAUUAAUCCUGACCUUCUAAGUAUGUUGCCAGAUUUAUUUUCCAACGCUAUAAAAGAAGAUUUCUAUGAACGAAUGGAACCAAUGACGAUUAUUCUAAUGGUUUUGUAUUCCGCCGUAUUUAUCUUUGGACUUUUAGGGAAUAUAUUUGUGAUUGCUGUUGUUAUCCAGUAUCAACAUAUGCGGACACUUACAAACGUGUUCCUGGUAAACCUAACGGUAGGUGAUCUUUUAGUGGUGUGUAUAUGUAUUCCUAUGACCCUUGGACGUUAUGUGUACUCCGAUUACAUUUUUGGAACUUUCAUGUGUAAACUUACUCAUUUUUUACAAGGUACUGCAGUAGCUGUGAGUUCACUUAGCUUGCUCUGCAUAAGUAUAAAUCGAUAUUUCGCUAUUCACAGUCCGCUGAAAGCCAAAGUUUUAUUCUCUAAAAACAAAAUAUAUCUCUUAUUGUUCUUAGUAUGGCUUGUAUCUUUGUGUUCAUUCAUUCCACAACUUGUUGUGUGCACUGUGGUAACUGACGGGAUUCAAGGAGUAUACGAGAUACACAUAUGCUUGGAACAAUGGUACUCUCCAAUUACGAAACAAAUCUACAGUAUGUUUAUCUUUAUAGUCCUUUUCUUUUUCCCUCUGGUGGCAAUGCUAAUUACGUACACCCGAAUCGGCUACACCCUUUGGCGUACGGAAGCACGAAGUUUCAUGGAGAAUUCCAUUACAAACAAAUCGCAAGCCGAACGAAUUCUACGGCAGCGCAGAAGGACCGUGAAAAUGUUAGUUGCAGUAGUGAUGAUUUUUAUUUUCUGCUGGUUUCCAUUCUACGCUGUGAUGAUCUGGUUGGAUUUUAACAUGGUGCUGUCAACAAAGACCCAGUUUGUGAAUGAUUAUAUAUAUCCUGUUGUUUUGUUACUUGGAUUGUCGAAUUCUACCGUAAACCCAGUGUGUUACUGCUUUAUGAGUAAUGGAUUUCGACGGGCUUUUCUCAAAUUAUGUUGCCGUCAGAAACUCACAAGUGGGAAAAAUGUUCUCCUUACAGUGAGAUUCAAAUCCAGUGACGAUUCACAAAUCGAAAGUAUCGUUACGGCACUGACAUAA